GCUGUCCGGCAAGCUGGGCUCGACCGAAGCUAGCGGGGUGCCAGUCCUGGCCAUGAAGCUGGUGAAUGGGGGAGGAGGAGGAGGAGGAGGAGGAGGAGGAGGAGGAGGAGGAGGAGGAGGAGGGGGAGGCGGAGGAGGAGGAGGAGGAGGAGGAGAAAGAGGAGAGAAGAACGCCUUUUCUUUCAAGAAGUGUUCCGCCUUCCAGUUUGUCAAGAGAAAGGUGCGGAGGUGGAUGCGUAACCCCAAGGUGAGCGUGGAGAAGGGGGGCGGCCAGGGGAAGGGCCUCCGCUGCCCCUGCGCCCGGUGCCCGCUGGCCCACGACAACACGUGGCACACGCACUUCCCCUCGCCGUACGGCGGCUGCUGCCACUACGCCGGCCUGCAGGGGGGCUCCUCCCCCCCCCGCCAGGACCUGCCCUCCCCCUGCCGGCACGCCGACGCGCUCGGCGGACACGACCACGGGCACGAGAAGAGCAAGCCCUGCAAGGUCAGGAAGUGGAAGAUGCUCAAUCGUCACCAUGGCGACACCGGUAAGCAGAAAGGGGUGGAGUCAGAAGGCCACAUCGAGGGCUGUCAGUCCUGGGGGAUCCGGGCUGCACCGCUCCUGGCUAGCCCAGUUAUGCUGGAGUGCUGCGUGUGCAGCGGACCCUACAUUAGCUACACCAUGGAGGAGGCCUGGCAACCCCGCCAGCGCACACAGGCAAUGGACCUGUACUAUCAUACUGAACCAGAUCCAGACAGCUACUGUUGCCCUAGCGACACCACGUUUAUGAAACAAAGAAGAAUGGGCCUGAACGACUUCAUCCAGCGGCUUGCCUCAAACUCUUACGCCUGCAAGCACCCUGAGGUCCAGUCCAUCCUGAACUUGACCCCCCCUCAGGAUGCCGAGUUGAUGAAUGCAAACCCCUCUCCUCCUCCCAGCCCAUCCCAGCAGAUCAACCUGGGUCCGUCCUCCAACCCCACCGCCAAGCCCAGCGACUUCCACUUCCUGAAGGUUCUGGGCAAGGGCAGCUUCGGCAAGGUGCUGCUGGCACGCCACCGCACCGACGACCAGUUCUUCGCCGUGAAGGUUCUACAGAAGAAAGCCAUCCUCAAGAAGAAAGAGGAGAAACACAUUAUGUCAGAGAGGAAUGUCCUGCUGAAGAAUGUGAAACACCCGUUCCUGGUGGGCCUGCACUAUUCCUUCCAGACGGCGGAUAAACUCUACUUCGUACUGGACUACAUCAACGGAGGAGAGUUGUUCUACCACCUGCAGAGAGAACGCUGCUUCCUGGAACCCCGGGCCCGGUUCUACGCUGCGGAGAUCGCCAGCGCGCUGGGCUACCUCCACUCCCUCAACAUCGUGUACCGCGACCUGAAGCCCGAGAACAUCCUGCUGGACUCCCAGGGACACAUCAUCCUCACCGACUUCGGCCUGUGCAAGGAGAACAUAGAACCCAACGGUACCACGUCCACGUUCUGCGGCACGCCAGAGUACCUGGCUCCAGAGGUGCUCCACAAGGAGCCGUACGAUCGCACCGUGGACUGGUGGUGUUUAGGAGCCGUGCUCUACGAGAUGCUCUACGGCCUGCCUCCGUUCUACAGUCGUAACACGGCGGAGAUGUACGACAACAUCCUGAACAAGCCCCUGCAGCUCAAGCCCAACAUCUCCAACGCUGCGAGACACCUCCUGGAGGGCCUGCUGCAGAAGGAUCGCACCAAGAGGCUGGGCUGCUCCGACGACUUUGCAGAGAUCAAGGUCCACAUGUUCUUCUCCCCCAUCAACUGGGACGACCUCACCGCCAAGAAGCUCACCCCUCCUUUCAACCCCAACGUGACGGGUCCUAACGAUCUUCGGCACUUUGACCCCGAGUUCACGGACGAGCCGGUGCCCAGCUCCAUCGGCUGUUCCCCCGACAGCACCCUCAUCACGGCCAGCAUCAAGGAGGCCGCCGAGGCCUUCCUGGGCUUCUCCUACGCCCCCUCGAUGGAUUCCUACCUAUAGGAGCUCCGACACACGCCCAGGCAGAGCCUGACUAGUAGCCCCCCGUGGCAGGACUUCUGCAGGGGGUGAGAUGAGCAUGGACCUGCAUCAACACCCCCCUCCACCACCUCCACCGGCCGCGAUGACGGACACAUGUGAACCCUGCAUCCCCCCCCCACCCCCAAACCCACCGGUGUCUGCUAGGAUCUCGUGGCUGUAGAUACCCCAUCAGAGAUGCGAUCCUCCCAGCUGGAAGAGGACAGGCUACAUGCUACUGGGCCCGUAUGUCACAUGAUCCAAGGGGCGGGAUUUGUGGGAUUAGAUGUGAGGUGAACCCUCCCAGUCUCCCUUCCUUCGAUGACACCAACUGAUUUGACAACGCACAAGGUCCUCAAACCUUCCUCCAUUGACCCCCCCCCCCCCCACACACACACACACACACACACACACACCCGUCCCUCUUUCCAGGUUCCAGACAAGGGCGUUGUUUGCACAUGGCUCAGGCAGCUGAAGAGACCCACACACCUCAAGGACCCGACUGCUCCAGGGCACCCCGCCCUCCCUCCUUCCCCCUCGCCCUGCCUCCCCUGCCCCAGGGAGGUCUUCCACCUUCAUCGUUGCACACGUCUCCUCAUCCCCCUCCCUGGGUUCUGGUGAAGGGACCCGUUUAGGCGUGAAGAGAGCUUGGUGGUGCAGCUAACCAGUUGACGGUUCAUUGGGUGUCGGUUUCUUAUCACUCGUUUCUGUCCUUUUUGUUUUGUAAAUGGGCGGAGACAUUGUCAAGCUGAAUGUUACGGGGCAGGUGGGGAGUGGAGGGGGUGGAGGGAGGGGGGGGGGUUAAUGCUGAAAAGGUGCCUUCAUUUUACUGUCCACGACUGACGUUUGUGUAUGACCGCAACAUCAUGUAGUUGCGCAAAAAAAUCACGGUUCACUCGACCACAGAUUGAUGGUUUUAGUAGCCCUGAGUCUGUCUAUGUGACCACGUAUGGGACACACCGUGCUGAACACGAAAUCUAGUUUCAUUUGUUUGCAUUGGGAGGGAUUCUGGAAACGCUGUAGGAAGCACUGCUGCUAAUGGUUUGUGGAUACACCCUGACUGAAAGAAGAGACAGGGCAGAACAAAUAUGUAUCAAAAACUGUCCCAAUUUCCUGGUGCCAACCGAGUCCCCCUCACAUCUUCCUGUCUCCUCUCGAUGACAUCAUGCCCCGCAUCUGGGACAUUCCGACAUGUCUGAACGGAACAUUCCAUUUUAAUAUUGCUGUGUAAAUGCAGAUUAACGCUAUUUAAGUUUAUUUGUAUAUUUGGAGUCUGUACUAGUUUUAAUGUAUACGGAAUACAAGACUAAAGAGAUGUUUAAAUAUAUAUAUAUAUAUAUGUAACUAUUCAUGUUAAAUGUACUGUAAAUUGUAAAAUCAGAUUUACGUGACCAUGUUUGGUUUGCAAUAAAAACAAAGUUUAAUGUUAUUUUAA